GCUUACUUGCAUACUAAUAGGCUUGUCUAGGAAGCCAUAACUCUGUUAAGAAGGAAAUUGUCAGAAGUGAUUAACAGUUCAUGAAAAGCAAUGAUGAAGUUUGCCGUGGUGACGGUACUAAUCCUCUCUUGUAUUGCUUCUGCAAUGGGUCUCCGGUGCUACAAAUGCCACAGCCUAACCACCUCUAACGACUGUGAAGAAGAAGGCUUUGACACUUCAAAUGCCCUUAAGACGACAUGUGCCUACGGUGAAGUGUGUGCGAAAACUGUUGUUGGAAAGCUCGUCGCGCGUGACUGUAUUUCUGGUAGUGGAUUGAGUGAUUCAUGCGUUAGUGUUGAUGAUACAGCAGUCUGCUAUUGCUCGACAGAUUUAUGCAAUAGUGCAGUGAGCAAAAAUCUCGGAUUUGCCUUGGCCUUCAUUUCCUUGGUGGCUGCCAAGUAUCUGUAAAGCUGGUAUCAUGUCACAAAGUGCAGAGACUUGAUUGUGGUAUAUGUUCUGCAUUCAUAUUUCUAGCAUGAAUUUAUUCAGAUUUUUCAUUUCAUUUAUUUUAUUGGCACAAACAGUAGCUUAGACUUUUAAUUUUAAAAAAUUAAUUAAAUAACUUUAUGCUGAUGAUAGGUAGGCCCUAUCUGCAUUGUACAAUUUAGAGAAAAUUCAUCGUAGCCAUUAGGCCUAUUUAUUAUCAAUACGGUCCCGGCGUCAUUCCUUGAAUCGGGACGGUACGUACUACUUUUCCGCUUGAGUUCACGAUGUACACAUGACAUAGGUCAUAUCAUGUAAAGAUAUUUAUUUGUCCCAAAUUAUAAAUUGUAUUUUUAAUGUAUUACUAGAGAUAGGUCCCUGCAUUCAACAAUUAUGUGGAUAUUCAUUGUACUGUUAUUUACUAUCAACUAUUGCCCCGGCGUCACUAAUUUGGAUCAAGAACGGCACGUACAAAAUGAUCUUCAAUCACUUCCUGAUUUUUAUGACGUGUACAUGAAAAUCGGGACGCUACGUACCUCUCUUAUUGUGUUGACGUUGGGAACGUUCUACCUUCCUAUCAUGCACGAUAAUAAUUUCUUCCUAUUUAGUAUUUGUAUAUGAAUGAAAUACUAAUUAUAGUCUGAGAAUAUUCAUCGUAAUUGUUUUUUUUUUUAAAGAAACAUAGUACCGACGUCAUUAUUUUGGAUCAAGACGGCACGUCCGGUGAAUAAUCACAAUCUAGUUUUCUACACUAAUUUAAGUGACUUGCAAUGUCGUUGUCUAAUUAUUAAAUUUAUAUUACCAUAAGCUAUAAAAAUGUGUAAAA